GUUGAUAUACUGAGAGUAGUAUUUCAAAAUAUUUUUCAUAAGUUGGAUUAUAACGAUAAGUACUUCAGUCACAUAGCUUAAAAUUUGUGUUUGUAUAAAGAUUUGUUUUGUUUUUGUGUACUAUUUUUUUCUAAGUAGUGAAUCGGUUGAAUGUGAAACAUAUAUACACAGAGGAGUGCGAAUUAAUAUUGUUUGAUGACUUCAGCGGCAAAGAUGAAUGGUGCGCUGAUGCUGUGGAUAACUUUUCUAACGUUAUGGACAUGUGGAGUAACAGGUGCUCCGACUAAGUACUUGUUCACAGCACCUCGUAAUUUAUGGCAGGGAUCAAGAGAAGAAUUUUGUAUAUCGUUCCAUGAUGAAAAAGACAUACAAGCUAAUUACAUAGUAACGCUGUCUUUGGUUGACGAAAGUGAUGUCGUCUUGGGAAAUGGCACUACUAAUGAGGACGGCAGAGUUUGCCACCAUUUUACAGUUCCUGACCUUAGUGGUAAAUAUAAGCUCACUCUACAGACAGAAACAACCAGAGUUCUAGAGACCGGUGUCUCUACUACAGUCACCAGAGUAGAUACUACUGAAGUGGAGAUUCACGAAUCAGCACUAGAGACUUUUAUACAAACUGAUAAACCUAUUUAUAAGCCAGGGGAGACAGUAAAGUUCCGAGCAAUGACAAUAAACAAAGACUUGAAGCCAUGGACAGGCAUGCUGCCUUUAGUUACAGUGAAGAAUCCUGGUGAUGUCCGUGUAAUGCAGUGGUUAAAUGUAGAAAAUAAUAAAGGAUUAUUAAGUUUUGAGAUGCCUUUGUCAGAAGAUCCACCUUUAGGAGAAUGGAAGAUUACUUUGUUAGUUGAAGGAAAGGAACAUGUUCAACCAUUCACAGUUCAGGAAUAUGUGUUGCCCAAAUAUGAAGUCACAAUCACAGCUCCAACAUUUCUAUUACCUACAACUGAAACUAUUCAAGGAACAGUUUGUGCCAAGUACACAUAUGGCAAACCAGUGAAAGGGAAAGUAGAAUUAUCUGUUUGUUUCCAAGAUAGCGGUCCAUCCUUUUAUUAUUACCGCAGCAGUGAUAAUUCAGAGAGACCAUGUGCCACAAGAAUAAUGGAUAUUGAUGGCUGUGAGACAUAUAUGGUAGAAGGUUCAGAACUUAUGUUAGAUUCCUCCAACUUCAGUAGAUAUGGAAACUUGAUGAUCAAUGCUACAGUCACAGAGCAGGCUACAGGUAUAUCACUGAAUGGGACAGUGAAGGGACCAGAAAUGACAUUUGAAGCUCUCAAACUGAAAUUUGAAGAUGACACACAUGGAUAUUUUAAGGAUGCAUUCCCUUAUUAUGCUAGAGUAAAAGUAACUAAGCCUGAUGGAAGUCCUGCCCCCGGAGAACUUAUUGAGAUAAAAGCCGAUAAUUAUGAUCCAGAGUUUUAUCUGAAGAGAAAUUUUACCAGUGAUGAUGAUGGACUUGUGAAGUUUGCUAUAAAAACUUUACCAAAAGAUGUUAAUAGACUAAGUUUUAAUGCAAGGGCACCCAAGUACUUCCAACCAUAUGGCAGAUAUCAUCAUAUUAUUAAGAUGUACGAGCCAAGUUCUUACCACAAUGCUAAGAAAUGGUUCUCUCCAUCUAAUAGUUAUAUCCACAUACCAUCAGUGGAAAACAAAGUUAAAUGUGGAUCCACUUUUGAUUUAGAGGUCUUAUAUUCCACACCACUGGACACUCGGUACAAGUUUUUUGUACAGGUUUUAUCCAAGUCACAUAUGGUGCAUCAUACACAUGUUACACAUCAUUUCAAAAGUCAUGAUGCUGUAAACUUUGACAGUUUACCAGAGGACAUGUUACUUGAUCCAUACACACCACCUCCUAGACCAACAUGGUUAUACCCCAUUGAUCCUAUACCCUAUUAUGAUGAUCCUGAACUUGGCUUUAAACCAGAAGCAGAGAACAUUACCAUUAGUUUAGAUGGAGAUGAUGCGACAGUAAAACCAGAGCCAGAACCAAGAGAAGACAAAACUAUGGCCCUAAAUAGUCCAUGUGAUAUGAUGGCUUUACAGGCUUGUAUGAUGCCAGUCUCCCGAAUCAACCCAGGAAAUGUUAAAGAGAUGUGCCAGACAUAUGAAACCUUUGACGAAUGUAUCAAGCCUUAUCGUACCAGCUGUAAGGAACAACUCAUCAGUGUAUCAUCUUUAGAAGAUAUGUACAAUUCUAUGUGUAAAAGUAAAUGUGACAUGGUUGAAUUGUCUAAAUGUAUGGCACCAAUGAUUAAAUUAGAAGGGAAUUCUAUGCUACAAAUUUGCAAGAAAUUUACUGACCUGAAGACCUGUAUUGAGCCCUAUUGGAAUGACUGUAAAGAAUCUACAGAAAUACAAAGUGUAUCCAUGAUGCUAGACUCAUAUGACACUCUAUGUCCGGAGAACAAAGAAUCUGAAGAGGAAAUACAUGAAAUAUGUACCAAACAGUUUAGACCAAAUUUUAAUACCAGUGCAAGUGUUUUACCUGGUGACAGGAUCACUGCAUCCAAUACUGCAGAUAUGGAUGACUGUGCUAGGGCAUGUGAUAAAGAAUAUAAGUGUAUGGGAUUUAAUUACCAUAAUGGUGGAACCUGUGAACUAUUUUACCAGAAUUACCUGACUGUGGAGAAAGUUGGCGUAGACUUCUACGAGAGACAGUGUUACCCAGAUGACAGUAAAGAUAUUAUACAAUCUACUCAUGUUGCUAAAGUGAAGAUCAGUAUUCCUAUAACUGCUAACAUGGGUCCUAAGUCUGAGUUGUUGAUAUACUAUGUCAGAGAAGAUGAUGAGACAGUAGCUGCUACCUUAGAAUUCAGUGUGGAAAACUGUUUUGAUAACAAGGUAGAGAUGAAGUUUGACCAGGAUACAGUUUACCCUGGAAAUGAAGUGAAUGUUAACUUAAAGGCUGCUCCUGGUUCCCUUUGCUCUGUUGGUGUAGUAGACAAAAGUAUAAAUUUACUAGCAGGAGACCAUCAAAUCACCCCAGAUCAGAUUUUUGGUAGAUUUAAGGAACCCUACAUGUACACAUCUUACUGGCAGGAUGAUAAAAAUUACUGUGAUGAGAAGACACAUUAUGAUGAAAAUUUAUAUGUAGCUGGAGAUAUGUUCAAUUACAACUACAGAAGUUAUGAGUCGGACAGUGUGGAUGCUAUUCAGGCUUUCAGGAAAAUGAAUUUAGUAGUAUUUACAGACCUGACAUUACAGACAAGACCGUGUAAAUUACAGGAACAUAGACCUGUGUUUUAUUCUGUUGGUGCCAGACAGCCAGUUGGUGUCAGAGGUUCUGUACUUAUUGAUGAGAUUGAAACUAAAACAUCUGUCUACCCUAGUCCAAGACCAGAGUCCCCAGAAGUUAGAACUCUCUUUCCAGAGACAUGGCUUUGGGAUCUACAUUUGAUUGGAGAUGAAGGUGAAGUGAAUGUCAAGUCAACUAUUCCCCACACAAUCACAGAGUGGGUUGGAAACUCCCUAUGUACAAACCUAGAUGUAGGAGUGGGUGUGUCUUCUGUCACUGGUAUAACAGCUUUUCAACCUUUCUUUUUGUCCUUUACUCUGCCAUAUUCAGCCAUUAGAGGAGAGAUUGUACCAGUUUUGGUUUCCAUCUUCAACUACAUGUCUGAAUGUUUAGUGAUGCAAGUAGCAAUGCCAACAUCAAAAGACUUUGGAAUUAAAGGAGGAACCAAGAGAGUUAAUACUAGAUGUGUCUGUCCUGGAGAGACCAGUACCAUCAAAUACCAUGUAACACCAUACACCCUCGGCAAGAUUAAAAUACUCGCUACUGCUGAGUCUAUCCCAGAUGAUGGUACAUGUGGAAACAAGACAGUCAGUGUAGAUGGAACUGGAGCUAAUGAUGCUGUACAAAGAGAACUAUUGAUAGAAGCUGAAGGAAUCGAAAAAGAGUACACUGCUACAUCAUAUAUCUGUCCAGAAGGAGCUGAAGUUAUAGAGUCCAUGUUACUACCACUACCAUCUACUGACCUUGUCGAUGAUUCAGCUAGAGGAUACAUUAACAUCAUUGGUGAUAUCAUGGGACCAGCUUUAUCCAACCUUAAGGAUCUGCUACAAAUGCCGUAUGGAUGUGGAGAGCAAAACAUGGCAUCUUUCUCACCUAACAUCUUUGCUUUGCAAUACCUGGGUAAUACCAACCAGCUUUUACCAAAAAUAGAGGACGAGGCCAAAGGAUACAUGAGAAUAGGAUAUCAAAGACAGUUGAAAUAUCGUCAUGCUGAUGGCUCUUACAGUGCUUUUGGUGGUACAGGAACAGGCAGUAUAUGGUUGACUUCCUUUGUUGUAAAAUGUCUGGGACAGUCACGACCAUACAUCAGUAUAGAUGCCGAUGAUUUAAACAAGAGUAUCACAUGGUUUAGACGUCAGCAGUUAGAAAAUGGCUGUUUCCCGAAGAUUGGUUUCACCCAUAGUUAUUACUUGAAGGGAGGAUUUUCUGACAGGAGUAAUGAAGCAUCUUUGACUGCUUUUGUACUUAUAGCUAUGCUGGAAGCUGGAAUCCCUUCAUCAGAUCCCUCAGUCAUGAAGGCAGUAAGAUGUUUAGAUGUACAGGAUAUCCCAGACACCUAUACAAUGGCCAUAAUGGCCUAUGCUUAUACAUUGUAUGACUUGAGACAUCUUAGGAGACAAGAGGUCAUUAAAAUGUUGGAUGAGAGAGCAACAGAGAAAGAUGGUAUGAAAUACUGGAGCCGUACAGAUAAGAAGGAAGAUUCUAAAAAGAAAAAGAAAUGGUACUAUACAGCUGUGUCUGCUGAGGUGGAAAUGACAGCCUAUGCCUUACUGGCCCAUGUGACUGGUGAACAACAGGAUGCUGCUACGAAUGCUAGACCCAUGGUCAUGUGGUUAACAAAACAGAGGAACCCAAGAGGGGGAUUUUCUUCAACACAGGAUACUAUUGUAGCAUUACAGGCGUUGGCUAGAUAUGCCACAUUAGUGUACCAAGGUGGUGUAAAUGUUUCUAUAGAAAUGACGGAGCAAAACAAGAACCAUCCAGACAGGACUACAACCUUUAAUAUUGAAGAUGACAACACACUGGUCCUACAAUCAGAACGAAUCAAACUUCUACCCAGUACUCUAGAGGCAAAAGUAUCAGGAGUUGGAUGUGCUAUGGUUCAGGCUAACGUGAAGUACAAUGUAUAUGAGAGUUCUAAAAGUCCAACCUUUGACAUGAAGGUCAGUGCGUUCAGAGCUAAGGACCACACUAACCAAUGUGGUAGGAGAACACUUAGUAUCUGUGUCAAAUUCACAGGCCCUGGUGGUGUCAGUAAUAUGGCUAUAGUUGACGUGAAAAUGGUUACUGGUUGGGUCCCAGUUAAAGAUUCUCUUAAAAAGCUGAUUGUGGAGAAGAGUGAUCCAACUUACAUAGGAGUAGAAAAAUAUGAACUAGACGGAAGUUAUGUUCACAUAUACUUUGAUCAGUUGGAUGGCACAAGAAAAUGUUUCUUGUUAGAUGUUGAACAGAAUAUAAGAUUAUCAAGUCCUAAACCAGCACAAGUUAAGGUGUAUGACUACUAUGAAACAGAUUUUAACCUCAUAGUCAGUUACGACAUAAAAACAACAUGUGGAACAAAAGAAGAACUGCCAUACAUAAGUGCUGAAGAGUAUUAUAAUGGUGUACUUGUCGAUCUUCCUGUGGAUGAAAUCGUUCAAGUCAGGGUGCCUUUUAGACCUGAGGGAAGUGGAUUAAUUAGACCUGCUCCUCGGCAGCAAACCUGUCCUAUAUGUUACACAAGUAUAGACACAACAACUAAAAUCUUCAAAUCCAUGGUUUGUGGAUCACAGAAAAUAUACAAAGUACAAACAGGUCGAAGAGGAAAAUAUUCAUUGAAGGUUUUUGCCAAUGUCAGGACAAAGAAGAAGGAGGCAGUUAAGAUGUUUGUAAAGAAGUCUUAUAACUCAGACUGUACCUGUGACUUACUGAAUGGUCAAAAGGGGAAAGUUUUGGUAUUUUCAGAACGAGAUCCCUUGGAUAUUGAUGCAAGAACAUUAACGAUAAAUGGCUCUAGCAAAAUCGUCAAAGUGAGCAAAGCUUUAGAGAAGGCAGUUUGGCGUCUUGUAAGAAAAAAAAUAUGUAGAUAAACAAUCAGAUUCUGCCAGUCAGAAUUCUAUUUUUACAAUUUUUUUAAGAAGAAAAUGAUAUUUUUGUAUUUUAUAUAUAUUUUUAUAAUCAUUGUACAUUUUGAAAUCCAUUUUAAAAAGUUUUUCAUGAGGCAAAUGAAAGGGUUGUUUUAUUUUCAUCUAUCUCUUAAUUGUCAUAAAUACUUAUAAUAUAAACAAUUACAAAUCUAUUUUUUAAUUAUUGAAUAACUACAUUUUUAAAAACUUACUUUUUCAAAGGGUUGUAAAAAAAUUAUGUACAUGUAGGACUUUUUUUUAAUCCCAAUUUAUUUUUUAUGAUUUUUAUUUCCAUUUUAUAUGACUAAAUUAUGGAAUUUCCAGGAAAAGUAAAAUUACCUAUUUCUAUUGGAUAAAAUUGUAGAUUUAUGAGAACUGUUAUGAGAAAAUAUUGUAAUUAAAUUUUUCUAGUCAUAUAAUAUCUAGUCAAAUUUAGCAUUGUUCACAAAUAAUACUCAAGUUUUCAGAUAUUUUUUUUUAACUAUUAUGCAUCUAACAAUAAAAGUUAUGUACUAUUGCAAUUCUUUACACUAAAUACUACUUGAGCCACAGAAUAAAAUGGACAGACAUUUCUAUAAUAAUACAACAUGGGUUCAUUUAUGAAAAUAAUUUUAGUUUUGGGUUGAUAAUAUGUACUACAUGUGUAUGUAUGAUAAAUAUGACUACUAAGAUCAAAUAUUAGUAUUCCCAAGUAAAGAUUGUCAUGUUGGCUUUCUGUACAAAUUCUCAUGUAUAUCAUUAACAGCAAUUGAACAACUAAAUGAUAUUUUCAUUAAAUUAGUGAAUCUC